AUGGACUUUCACUUUGUGGAGUUCAAGUUCGGAGACCUUCAGCGGGUGGGGGGCGGUCAUUCCUCUCCCACGGAGAGGAGCUCCGAGGAAUCGGAUGGCCUGCGCUGCUCCCAGCCUGGUGAGACCUGCUUGAACGGCGGGAAGUGUGAAGUGUUCCCCAACGGCACCGAAGCCUGCAUCUGCAGCGGGGCAUUCGCGGGCCAGCAAUGCCAGGCCCCCAACCCCUGCCUCAGCGCCCCCUGCAAGAACGGCGGGACAUGCCACACGGUGGAGCGAGAUGGCCUGGUGGAUUACACCUGCAGCUGCCGCCUGGGCUUCUCGGGGCCGCUCUGCCUGACUCCCCGAGACCACGCCUGCCUCGCCAGCCCCUGCCUCAACGGCGGCACCUGUGACCUGCUCACGCUGGCUGAGUACAAGUGUCUCUGCCCCCCAGGCUGGUCAGGGAAGACAUGCCAGCAGGCUGACCCCUGCGCCUCGAACCCCUGUGCCAACGGAGGCCAGUGCCUGCCCUUCGAGGCGUCGUAUAUCUGCCACUGCCCAGCCGGCUUCCAUGGCCCCACGUGCCGGCAGGACGUCAACGAGUGCAGCCAGAGCCCCGGGCUCUGCCACCACGGCGGCACCUGCCUCAACGAGGUCGGCUCCUACCGCUGCGUCUGCCGCCCCACCCACACCGGCCCCCACUGCGAGCUGCCCCACGUGCCCUGCAGCCCCUCCCCCUGCCAGAACGGGGGCACCUGCCGCCCCACGGGGGACACCACCCACGAGUGUGCCUGCCUGCCAGGCUUCACUGGCCAGAACUGCGAGGAAAACAUUGACGACUGUCCGGGGAACAACUGCAAGAACGGAGGCGCCUGUGUGGACGGCGUGAACACCUACAACUGCCGCUGCCCCCCGGAGUGGACAGGUCAGUACUGCACGGAGGACGUGGACGAGUGCCAGCUCAUGCCCAACGCCUGCCAGAAUGGCGGGACCUGCCACAACACCCACGGCGACUACAACUGCGUGUGCGUCAACGGCUGGACGGGUGAGGACUGCAGCGAGAACAUUGACGACUGCGCCAGCGCCUCCUGCUUCCAGGGUGCCACCUGCCACGACCGCGUGGCCUCCUUCUACUGCGAGUGUCCCCACGGCCGCACGGGUCUGCUGUGCCACCUGAAUGACGCCUGCAUCAGCAACCCCUGCAACGAGGGCUCCAACUGCGACACCAACCCCGUCAACGGCAAGGCCAUCUGCACCUGCCCCUCGGGGUACACGGGGCCGGCCUGCAGCCAGGAUGUGGACGAGUGCUCGCUAGGCGCCAACCCCUGUGAGCACGCGGGCAAGUGCAUCAACACGCUGGGCUCGUUCGAGUGCCAGUGUCUGCAGGGCUACACCGGCCCGCGCUGCGAGAUCGACGUCAACGAGUGUGUGUCGAACCCGUGUCAGAACGAUGCCACCUGCCUGGACCAGAUCGGGGAGUUCCAAUGUAUCUGCAUGCCCGGCUACGAGGGCGUGCACUGCGAGGUGAACACGGACGAGUGCGCCAGCAGCCCCUGCCUGCAGAAUGGCCGCUGCCUGGACAAGAUCAACGAGUUCGUGUGCGAGUGCCCCACGGGCUUCACCGGGCACUUAUGCCAGUACGACGUGGACGAGUGCGCGAGCACGCCCUGCAAGAACGGCGCUAAGUGCCUGGACGGGCCCAACACCUACACCUGUGUGUGCACAGAAGGCUACACGGGGCCCCACUGCGAGGUGGACAUCGACGAGUGUGACCCUGACCCUUGCCACUACGGGUCUUGCAAGGACGGCGUGGCCACCUUCACCUGCCUGUGCCAGCCGGGCUACACGGGCCACCACUGCGAGGCCAACAUCAACGAGUGCCACAGCCAGCCCUGCCGCCACGGGGGCACCUGCCAGGACCGCGACAACUCCUACCUCUGCUUCUGCCUCAAGGGGACCACAGGACCCAACUGCGAGAUCAACCUGGACGACUGCGCGAGCAACCCCUGCGACUCCGGCACGUGUCUGGACAAGAUUGACGGCUACGAGUGUGCGUGUGAGCCGGGCUACACAGGGAGCAUGUGUAACAUCAACAUUGAUGAGUGCGCAGACAGCCCCUGCCACAACGGGGGCACCUGCGAGGACGGCAUCAACGGCUUCACCUGCCGCUGCCCCGAGGGCUACCACGACCCCACCUGCCUGUCCGAGGUCAACGAGUGCAGCAGCAAUCCCUGCAUCCACGGGGCCUGCCGCGACAGCCUCAACGGGUACAAGUGUGACUGUGACCCCGGGUGGAGCGGGGCCAACUGUGACGUCAACAACGACGAGUGUGAGUCGAACCCCUGCGUCAACGGGGGCACCUGCAAGGACAUGACCAGCGGCUACGUAUGCGCCUGCCGGGAGGGCUUCAGUGGCCCCAACUGCCAGACCAACAUCAACGAGUGCGCAUCCAACCCGUGUCUCAACCAGGGCACGUGUAUCGAUGACGUGGCAGGGUACAAAUGCAACUGCCUCUUGCCCUACACAGGGGCCACGUGUGAGGUGGUGCUGGCCCCGUGUGCCCCCGGGCCCUGUAGAAACGGUGGCGAGUGUCGGGAGUCAGAGGAUUACGAGAGCUUUUCCUGCGCCUGCCCCGCAGGCUGGCAGGGGCAGACCUGUGAGAUUGACAUCAAUGAGUGCGUGAAGAGCCCGUGCCGCGCGGGCGCCUCCUGCCAGAACACCAAUGGCGGCUACCGCUGCCACUGCCAGGCGGGCUACACGGGGCGCAACUGCGAGACAGACAUCGACGACUGCCGGCCCAACCCGUGCCACAACGGGGGCUCCUGCACAGACGGCAUCAACACGGCCUUCUGCGACUGCCUGCCCGGCUUCCAGGGCGCCUUCUGCGAGGAGGACAUCAACGAGUGUGCCAGCAACCCCUGCCGCAACGGCGCCAACUGCACCGACUGCGUGGACAGCUACACCUGUACCUGCCCCACGGGCUUCAGCGGCAUCCACUGCGAGAACAACACGCCCGACUGCACGGAGAGCUCCUGCUUCAACGGCGGUACCUGCGUGGACGGCAUCAACUCCUUCACCUGCCUGUGUCCCCCCGGCUUCACGGGCAGCUACUGCCAGCAUGAUGUCAACGAGUGUGACUCUCGGCCCUGCCUGCACGGCGGCACCUGCCACGACAGCUACGGCACCUACAAGUGCACCUGCCCGCAGGGCUACACGGGUCUCAACUGCCAGACCCUUGUGCGCUGGUGCGACUCCUCCCCCUGCAAGAACGACGGCCGGUGCUGGCAGACCAACGCGAUGUAUCGUUGCGAGUGCCACAGCGGCUGGACUGGUCUCUACUGCGACGUGCCCAGCGUCUCCUGUGAGGUGGCCGCGCGGCAGCAAGGCAUCAACGUGACCCACUUGUGCCGGAACGGGGGCCUCUGCAUGAACGCGGGCAACACACACCACUGCCACUGCCAGGCUGGCUACACGGGCAGCUACUGCGAGGAGCAGGUGGACGAGUGCUCGCCCAGCCCCUGCCGGAACGGGGCCACCUGCACCGACUACCCCGGCGGCUACUCCUGCGAGUGUGUGGCCGGCUACCACGGGGUGAACUGCUCCGAGGAGGUGAAUGAGUGCCUGUCCCAGCCCUGCCGGAACGGCGGCACCUGCAUCGACCUCACCAACACCUACAAGUGUUCCUGCCCCCGUGGCACGCAGGGCGUGCACUGCGAGAUCAACGUGGAUGACUGCAACCCCCCCAUUGACCCCGUGUCCCGGGGCCCCAAGUGCUUUAACAACGGCACCUGCGUGGACCAGGUGGGCGGCUACAGCUGCACCUGCCCGCCUGGCUUCGUGGGUGAGCGCUGCGAGGGUGACGUCAACGAGUGCCUGUCCAACCCCUGCGACGCCCGCGGCACCCAGAACUGCGUGCAGCGCGUCAAUGCCUUCCACUGCGAGUGCCGCGCCGGCCACACCGGACGCCGCUGCGAGUCGGUCAUCAAUGGCUGCAAGGACAGGCCCUGCAAGAACGGGGGCAGCUGUGCGGUGGCCUCCAACACGGCCCGCGGGUUCAUCUGCAAAUGCCCGGCGGGCUUUGAGGGCGCCACGUGUGAGAACGACGCCCGCAGCUGCGGGAGCCUGCGGUGCCUGAACGGCGGCACGUGCAUCGCGGGCCCGCGCAGCCCCACCUGCCUGUGCCUGGGCCCCUUCACCGGCCCCGAGUGCCAGUUUCCAGCCAGCAGCCCCUGCGUGGGCGGCAGCCCCUGCUACAACCAGGGCGUCUGCGAGCCCACCGCCGAGAGCCCCUUCUACCGCUGCCGCUGCCCCGCCAAGUUCAACGGGCUCCUGUGCCACAUCCUGGACUACAGCUUUGGGGGCGGCGUGGGCCUCGACAUCCCCCCGCCGCAGGUCGAGGAGACCUGCGAGCUCCCCGGCUGCCGCGAAGAGGCCGGCAACAAGGUCUGCAGCCUGCAGUGCAACAACCACGCGUGCGGCUGGGACGGCGGCGACUGCUCCCUCAACUUUGACGACCCCUGGCAGAACUGCACGCAGUCCCUGCAGUGCUGGAAGUAUUUCAGCAACGGCCGCUGCGACAGCCAGUGCAACUCGGCCGGCUGCCUCUUCGACGGCUUCGACUGCCAGCGCGCGGAAGGCCAGUGCAACCCCCUGUACGACCAGUACUGCAAGGACCACUUCAGGGACGGGCACUGCGACCAGGGCUGCAACAGCGCGGAGUGCGAGUGGGACGGGCUGGACUGCGCGGAGCACGUGCCCGAGCGGCUGGCGGCCGGCACGCUGGUGCUGGUGGUGCUCAUGCCGCCGGAGCAGCUGCGCAACCGCUCCCUGCACUUCCUGCGAGAGCUCAGCCGCCUGCUGCACACCAACGUGGUCUUCAAGCGCGACGCCAGCGGCCAGCAGAUGAUCUUCCCCUACUACGGCCGCGAGGAGGAGCUGCACAAGCACCCCAUCAGGCGCUCUGUGGACGGCGGGGCCCCGCUGCUCCCGGGCGGCGGGGGCGGACGCCGGCGCAGGGAGCUGGACCCCAUGGACAUCCGUGGGUCCAUCGUCUACCUGGAGAUUGACAACCGGCAGUGCGUCCAGUCAUCCUCCCAGUGCUUCCAGAGCGCCACGGAUGUGGCCGCCUUCCUAGGUGCACUGGCCUCGCUGGGCAGCCUCAACAUCCCCUACAAGAUCGAGGCCGUGCAGACAACAGCUGUCAGCGUGGCUGACCCAGGGGAGUCCGCACAUCCGCCCGCAAGGCGAGCGGGCCGCGGAGCCAGCGCGCUGCCCCCGGCCGCCGUCAGCAAGAAGAAGCGGCGCGAGCCCCUCGGCGAGGACUCCGUGGGCCUCAAGCCGCUGAAGAACUCCUCGGACGGCGCCCUCAUGGACGACAACCAGAACGAGUGGGGCGACGAGGGCCUGGAGGCCAAGAAGUUCCGGUUCGAGGAGCCCGUGGUCCUGCCCGACCUGGACGACCAGACAGACCACCGGCAGUGGACUCAGCAGCAUCUGGACGCCGCCGACCUGCGCGUGUCUGCCAUGGCCCCCACGCCUCCCCAGGGCGAGGCCGACGCCGACUGCCUGGACGUGAACGUCCGCGGGCCGGACGGCUUCACGCCCCUCAUGAUCGCCUCCUGCAGCGGAGGGGGCCUCGAGACAGGCAACAGCGAGGAAGAGGAGGACGCGCCUGCGGUCAUCGCAGACUUCAUCUACCAGGGCGCCAGCCUGCACAACCAGACGGACCGCACCGGUGAGACCGCCCUGCACCUGGCCGCCCGCUACUCGCGCUCCGACGCGGCCAAGCGCCUGCUGGAGGCCAGUGCAGACGCCAACAUACAGGACAACAUGGGCCGCACCCCGCUGCAUGCAGCCGUGUCUGCCGACGCGCAGGGCGUCUUCCAGAUCCUGAUCCGGAACCGAGCCACCGACCUGGAUGCCCGCAUGCACGACGGCACGACCCCGCUGAUCCUGGCUGCCCGCCUGGCCGUGGAGGGCAUGCUGGAGGACCUCAUCAACUCCCACGCCGACGUCAAUGCUGUGGACGACCUGGGCAAGUCCGCCCUGCACUGGGCGGCCGCGGUGAACAACGUGGAGGCCGCUGUCGUGCUGCUGAAGAACGGGGCCAACAAGGACAUGCAGAACAACAAGGAGGAGACGCCCUUGUUCCUGGCCGCCCGGGAGGGCAGCUACGAGACAGCCAAGGUGCUGCUGGACCAUUUUGCCAACCGGGACAUCACGGACCACAUGGACCGCCUGCCUCGCGACAUCGCGCAGGAGCGCAUGCACCACGACAUCGUGCGGCUGCUGGACGAGUACAGCCUGGUGCGCAGCCCCCCGCUGCACGGCGCCCCCCUGGGCGGCGCGCCCACCCUGUCGCCCCCGCUCUGCUCACCCAACGGCUACCUGGGCAACCUCAAGCCCCCCAUGCAGGGCAAGAAGGCCCGCAAGCCCAGCACCAAGGGCCUGGCCUGCGGCGGCAAGGAGCCCAAGGACCUCAAGGCUCGGAGGAAGAAGUCCCAAGACGGCAAGGGCUGCCUGCUGGACAGCGGGAGCGUGCUUUCGCCCGUGGACUCCCUCGAGUCCCCCCACGGCUACCUGUCAGACGUGGCCUCCCCGCCCCUCCUGCCCUCCCCUUUCCAGCCGUCUCCCUCCGUGCCCCUCAACCACCUGCCUGGGAUGCCCGAGGCCCACCUGGGCGUCAGCCACCUGAGUGUGGCAGCCAAGCCCGAGAUGGCGGCGCUGAGUGGGGGCGGCCGGCUGGCCUUCGAGGCAGGGCCACCACGCCUCUCCCACCUGCCUGUGGCCUCUGGCACCAGCAGCAUCCUGGGUGCCGGCGGCAGUGGGGGCGGUGGGGCUGUGAAUUUCACAGUGGGUGGAGCCACGGGCUUGAAUGGCCAGUGCGAGUGGCUAUCCCGGCUGCAGAACGGCCUAGUGCCCAACCAGUACAACCCGCUGCGAGGGGGCGUGACGCCAGGCACCCUGAGCACACAGGCUGCCGGCCUGCAGCAUGGCACGGUGGGCUCGCUGCACGCCCCCGCACUGUCCCAGGUGAUGAGCUACCAGGCCCUGCCCAGCACGCGGCUGGCCUCCCAGCCUCACCUGGUGCAGACGCAGCAGCUGCAGCCGCAGCAGAACUUACAGAUGCAGCCGCCGAGCAUGCCGCCGCAGCCAAACCUGCCGCCGCAGCCACACCUCAGCGUGAGCUCAGCCGCCAGCGGCCACCUGGGCCGGAGCUUCCUGGCAGGGGAGCUGAGCCAGGCAGACAUGCAGCCGCUGGGGCCCGCCAACCUGGCGGCACACACUGUCCUGCCGCAGGAAGGCCAGGUCCUGCCCACGUCGCUGCCGUCCACGCUGGCCCCGCCCAUGACCACCGCCCAGUUCCUGACGCCCCCCUCCCAGCACAGCUACUCCUCCUCCCCUGUGGACAACACCCCCAGCCACCAGUUGCAGGUGCCCGAGCACCCCUUCCUCACCCCAUCCCCCGAGUCCCCCGACCAGUGGUCCAGCUCCUCGCCACAUUCCAACAUCUCUGAUUGGUCCGAGGGCAUCUCCAGCCCGCCCACCAGCGUGCCGUCCCAAAUCGCCCACGUCCCAGAGGCGUUCAAGUAAACAGCCGGCUGCCCCCAGGACCCUGCGCUUCCUUUCCCAAGCCCUGCUGGGGCGUGUGCGUGCGCUCCAGGGAUGCUGGGGCUGACCAAAGGAGCUUUUUUUCAACAAAUGUGUUUUUAUACAAAAUAAGAGGACAAGGAUUUUUAAUUUUUUUUUUUUAGUAUUUAUUUAUGUACUUUUAUUUUACAUGGAAACACUGCCUUUUUAUUUAUAUGUACUGUUUUGUAUGGCAUCAGGUAGAAACUUUUAUCUGCUCCAAGAAAAUAAACUAGUUCUCAGUCAUGAUUUUCCUACUUAGGAUAAAGAGUCCUAGGUAUUUGUAAAAUAUAAACAAAGAUUCAUGAUGUGCAAAUGCCAUUUAUUUAUUGAUUUCCUCUUUUUUGAAUCCUGAAAGAAAUGAUGUCAGACAAGGGCGGUUUGAGCCAGCAUUGUUUAGAAAGCUCCAGGGGUGCCCGGGGGCCUGCUUUGAUUUCCCCAGACAUCCCCUCACCCCCACCUCCAAACCUGGACCUCCCUCCUCCCAGGACCGCCUGCAUCUUAUGAAAAGAUGCAUCUAGAGAAAGAAAAGCAAGCCCUUUACCUUUUUGGCACGUGGGUUACUUGUACCUGAAGUAGGAAAGUAAAGUGUAAAAUGAUGUGGUUCGUGCAUUUCGGUGUACUGUUAAACUUUUUAAAGAUAUGUCUCUCAAAACGUGUUCUUGGGGUAUGCCAAGGGUACAUUUCAUGGUACCAAUCAUGAAUCUUUGUUGCAGGUUCAGUAUUACGUAGUUGUUCUUUGGUAUUGUGAGUUCUUGUUCUUUCUGGAGGCUCCCCUGCCCCUCGCCCCCGCUGAUGUUUAAGCAUCAUGUAAGAAGUUGGAGGUGUGGCCAUGUGGUACCCACCUUGGACCCCACGUUGGGGAGGCCUCCCCCUUCCUGGGGAAAGACACUGCUGGGCUGCCCUGUUGGAGGCAUCUCAACUUGAACUGCAUCUCCCAGGUUCAGUGGAAGAUGAACUGGCGCCCCUGGGGCCCAGUGCUGACGGGCCCAGUUUUUAUAGGAGACUUGGAAAAACGUGGGCGCGUCCAGCCUCAGUGCUCAGAGACCCUGGUGCCAGGGCCUGGAGCACCCUGGGGUGCUCGGGUCACCAGGAGCCUGCUCGCGGGCCACCCCUUCCAGUUUAGGGGGUGGGUGUGCGCCCCGGGGUAGAGCAGGUUUUUACAUUAUCAAGUAUAAGCCUGUGGCAGAUACAUAUCUGUAAAUACAUUUUUAAAGGGUGAUUUUGUUUAAGAAAUCUGAUUGAAGAAAUCUGUCAGGGUCGUGCUGAUAAGGGAUGUCAGAACCCAGGCCCCACGACCUGCAGCUGCCGAACCGUAGCUCCUGAGAGCAAAGCCGGGGGGGUCCCGCCGCCCACCGCACUGAGUCUGCUGCCCCGGCCUCGCCGGGCGUGCUGUGGGGCCACCCCUUGUGGGCACGAUCAGACUCUUCCUAAGACGUGGCUUUUUGUGUUUUAUAAGAUAGAGUGUAGUUUACAUAAAAAGAAAACUUUUUAAAAAAGUUAUCUACCUACAAAACUGUAGGUGAUGAAAAUGAUGUAUUUUUUUUCAUCUUUUUUGUUAACAGAUUUGCAAUAAAAAUGAUUCUGAUGGUCGUCCAGAUUUUGCUAAA